AUGGACGUAUCGAGUGAAGCAAAUGGAAUUGGAGACAUCUCGGCUGAGGAGAACAUCGAGGUCGAAGGCGACUUCUUCCUGAAGAAGAGCGUGGACUACGUCGAAGACCAGUGGAUUGGGAAGUACCGAAUGGAGAAGACGCUUGGAAAGGGGUCGUCUGCGAAGGUGGUUGAGGCCGUGGACAAGGAGACUGGUGAAACAGUGGCCAUAAAAAUAAUCGACCGAAAGGCAAAGAACAUCUCCGAUAAGCGCGUCUUCAGGGAGGUGCUGAUCUGCUCCCUGGUGAGCCAUCCUCACGUUGCCAGACUGCUUGACUUCUUCUUUACUGGAAAAUACUUCUUUCUGGUGUUCGAACACGUGAGUGGGGAGCAGCUCUAUAACACGGUGCUACAAAAUGGGCCAAUUGGGGAAGAGCGAGUCAGAAGGUAUUUCAGGCAGAUUCUCUCAGCAGUCGACUACCUUCACAAGAAUGCGGUGGUGCACCGUGAUCUGAAGAUUGAGAACAUCAUGAUCGACAAGGACGACAACGUGAAGCUGAUUGAUUUUGGGCUGAGCAACUUCUACGAAAAAGAGGACCAGUUGAGCACAUUCUGUGGAUCACUCUACUUCGCAGCACCAGAGCUGCUUCAGGGAAACAGGUACGUUGGGCCAGAAGUCGACGUGUGGUCUCUUGGCGUCGUUCUCUACGUGAUGCUUUGUGGGAGAGUUCCAUUUGAUGACGAAUCAAUUCACAAAUUGCAGGGCAAAAUCAAGGAGUGCAAAUUCACGUUUCACAA